AUAGGUCUUUCCACCUUGGGCCGCGGAGUCGUCUGGCACAAUCUGUAGAGUCCUGGAAUAAGUGCGCACAAUUUGACAUUAUGAGAGGUGUGGUGUACGCUGUAAUUCUUCUUGUGACCAUUUUAAGUUGUCAUGGAGAUGAGAUCCGACCGCUGUACAUCGCUGGUUUCAUGGCCAACAGCAUUGAAGAUGUCGAUGCCUACAUUGCUGCCGGAGCCAAUGUUGUGGAGGCUGAUCUGACUUUUGACCUCCACAGCGGUCGUGCUACUGAAUUCUAUAAAGGAACCCUCUGUGACUGCUUUAGACUCUGCCACAAGAGAGAGAGUGUCAUAAACUAUCUGGAACAUAUCAAAGAAAUCACUACACCGGGGCAUCCCAAAUUCAAGGCAAGCUUCACUGGCAUCGUGAUAAUCAGUACCCAGCUCCAGACAACUUACAAACACGGCGAAGCUGGAAAGGACAUGGCAAACAUACUGGACAAAUACCUCUUUAGCAAUGAAAACAAUGCCAAGGUCGUGUUUGAUGUCGCUCACCCAAACUACUGGACGUUCGUGGACUCACUGGUAGAAAACCUGAGGGCGAGACAACGUGGAGACAUACUGCGGAAGAUAGGCGUAGUGUCCAACGCUGGUGAGAAUUCCUACAGCGAAUUCAUCGAGAAAGCUGGGGGGACGGACCUCGGCCUUUGGAUGGGAGACGGCAUAUCUAACUGCCUCGAGGAUUUCUUCCACUUGGACAACGUCAAUGUCAAGGAGGCUUGUCUGCUCCGAGACGAGGGGAGGGGAGUCAGCAAGGUGAUCAGGUGGACGGUUGGCCUGAAGAAGAAUAUUAGGAACGCCUUGUGGUUUGGUGUGGACGUGAUUGGCACGGACGAUGUCGAUGACGUCCUGUACGUGAUGAAGGAGGGAGAGUUCAAAGGAAGGUACCGGCCAGCCACACCAGAUGAUGACCUUUUCGCCAGGAUCAAAGGAAAAGGGCCGUACAGAUACGGAUGUCAGAAAGCAUCCAUCUUCCAUCAUAGCUACAUUUGCUGGAAGGACACAACCAUCGAAGGGCACUGGUGUAAGGUGAAUGAAGACUGCACCAACAACAAGUCUGGGUGUAGCAAGGCCUUUGGUCUCCCGUGUUUAUAGAAAGUCCAAUCACAAUUAUUAAAAUCUACCUGACGACUGAAAAGAUUGGAUUGUGCGACGAAGGUUUCGAUUGUCACUCAUUGUAUAGCUCUUGUUUGUUCUCAAUAAAAUACUUGACGAAGUGAA